UGACGUGUAAAGAAAUAAAACCCCGUGUCUGGUAUAUAACUCAGGUGACUUCUUGUUCACGUCACAUAUCACUUCCUUACACAACUGGUGUGUGCACUGUUUGGGGUUAAAUGUGGACUGGCAGGAGUUAAUUAGAGCCUGAAGGAUCUUCCAUAGUGGUGUGUGCUGUCUGGUGUUAAAGUCAAGUGGGGAGUUCAAAGAGUGACUGACAGCUGCUGAAUGUGAUGUGAAGGUCAAGGUUAUUUCAAUCAAACAGCUGCCACAGAUGACCAUAAGACUACAGUAAAGGCCAGUAGAGAUCUGUCAUAUCAAGUUACAGUAAACUAUGAAGUUUUUAUUCUCAUAAAUUGGAACAAAAUUCUUUACAGGUAUGGGUAACUCAACUACUAAAUGUAUAGAUGACCACAACAGUAAGGCCUGUAAAGAAAUCUCAGCAUAUUUUACAGGUACACAUGAAGUACAAGAAUGUCUUGAAGGUCAAGGUGAGGCAGAUCUUCACACACGCAUGGCAAACUGUAAGAAAAAUCCUGGCCAUAAAAACUUUGUACCUGUAAAUCAGUUAAGUCUUAAACAUUUUCCUUCUGGUUACCAUGACAACGAUGUGUAUGACCUCACAAAAGCCAUGGCUGACAUAACUGUCAGGAUAGCCGUUAAGUUGACCAGUCCAGACAGACCAGAGUUUGUACCAGGCACUAAAGAUCCAUAUCCUUGCUACAACACCAGGGGACAGAACUCACUGAGGACAGGGACUGGGAGGGUUGUGGGGGUGGACAAGUACACAGAGGGGAUGUUGUGGGGCUACAGAACUUGUCCAUGUCCUGAAUGUGACCACUCGGACACACCCAGCAAAGUGUGGUGGAAGGUUCGUGUGGUGACAGCCACACAUGUGGUUUUUGAUGAUAGUGAGGCGAGACAGUCCAGCUGUAGGUUGUGGUUUGAUGAUGAUCAAAGUCCAGUGGUCAACAUUUAUGGGUGGAAGGUGAAUGUGUCACACACUGAGGGAGACGUGUGUUGGUUGGAUUGUGUGACACAUGACGUAGAUGUAGUUGGUAAACUGGAGGAGAUGAUGGGGAGGUUUGAUGGUCUAUGUGGUAAAGUAAGGGACAAAUACAAGAGACGUAGAGGUGUGGUCAAGCUGAUCAUUAUAGUGUCACAUCCUCAUGGCUGUUCUAAGCAGGUCUCUGUAGGUCACUGGGUGGACAGGCAGGAGGUGGGGGGGUAUAGAUGGACCAGGUACACGUACACAACGUGUACCUGUCCAGGUAGCAGUGGGGCUAUGGUCUACAGACUGGGGUGGGGCUGGUCUCAACAUCCCCACAGUGGAGGUUACUCUGGUGGAUUAAAUUAUAGUGGGGUGUUGUUGGACUUAGACUUGUAGUUGUCUGCUCUUGUAUAGAAUGUAAACAAACAUGGCGCCUGUUGGAUGUCUGUCUUUUCUAGAAUGUAAACAAACAUGGCGUCUGUUGAAUGUCUGCUCUUAAAAUAUUUCUUGACAUUAUUGUAGAGAUUUAUUAAACUUUUAAUUAAUUAUCUCAUUAUUUUUAUCAGAGAAAAAGUUGUUGAUUGUUUGAUUGGGAGUGGAGAAAAAAAUUGUCACAAUUUUUGUUGUAAUUAUAAACGUAAAUAA